GCGCUUCCUGGGCCUGCUCGGUGCUCGACUGCCCGCCCUGCGUCGCCUCUGCUCUUUCUGCUCUGGAUUCCGUCGUCAUGUCGACCGCAAUGAACUUCGGGACCAAAAGCUUCCAGCCACGGCCACCCGACAAAGGCAGCUUUCCGCUGGACCAUUUCGGUGAAUGUAAGAACUUUAAAGAAAAGUUUAUGAAGUGUCUCCGUGACAAGAAUUACGAAAACACUCUGUGCCGAAAUGAAUCUAAAGAAUAUUUAGUCUGCAGGAUGCAAAGGCAACUGAUGGCACCGGAACCUCUGGAGAAGCUGGGCUUUAGGGACGUAAUGGAUGGGAAGCCAGAGGCAGAGGAUAAAAGUUGAGAAGAAAACCACAGGGCCGAGUCUCCAGCUGCGUGGAGCAGAGCUGAGCCCUUCUGCCCACAGGGCAAGGAGACCUGCCUGAGACUCUGUGCCACCCAGGGGGACUUUAACAUGGCUCAGCCCUGCAGCGCACACCAAGAUGCUUCCUCUGCUGAUCUGUUUCCCUUCAGAGAGUGGUUCUGUUCUUCUUCCUC